GGGAGCAGCGGAGACUCUGCAGCCGCCCUGAGUGCCUCUUCAGGCGGGUAAGAAGGAGGAGACAGGUGUCGCUCGGGUCCUGGCUCCAGCGCGUCCUCGUCUCUGCUUCGUCUCUCAUUUCCUGGCAGCAAAAAAAACAAAAAACAAAAAAAAACAAUGGAUUUAUACUUUUUUUUUAGUUGAAAACUCAGACGCCCUCUUUAAAAAAGGUCUCUUUUUUAAUAUAUAGUUAUUUAUUUUAUAGUUUGUUUAAUUUCAUUUGAGUUUUUUGACUCUGAUGGAAAGAUUUGGUGUCGAGACGACAGAGACGUGAUGCUUCAGGAUUUAAGCGCGAGUGUCCUCUACCCGUCCUGUCUGCAGCAUCCCAGUUUCGCUCAAGUUCCCGACAAUGACGAGCAGUUUGUUCCAGACUUCCAGACUGAAAACUUGGCGUUCCACGGUCUGCAGCUGAAGAUCAAGAGAGAGCUGCACAGUCCGUGUUCAGAGUUGAGCGCCACCUGCAGCCAGGAUCGCUCGUUUAAACUCCAGUAUGGAGAGAAGUGUCCGUACAACGUCAGUGCCUAUGAGCAGAAACAGCCCGCAGGAAUGAAGCCCUCCAGCCCAGUGACGCCCCCGUGUAGCACCCCCGUGUCCCCCCUGCAUCAUGCGUCCCCCACGGCACCACCGACGCCCAAACCAGACCGGACCUACGCUCACAUACCGCCGUCACAGCCACUCGCUGAAAACGCCUACACCAUGGACCACAGAUUUCAGCGUCAGCUCUCGGAGCCGUGUCACUCGUUCCCCUCCCCGCCGACGAUGACCCGCGACAGUCGGCCCAUCUACCACCGGCAGAUGUCGGAGCCCAACAUUCCCUUCCCUCCUCAAGGUUUCAAACAGGAGUAUCCCGACCCGCUCUUUGAGCACCCGGCCAUGAUGGGGGCGCCGCUGCCCCACGCUUACCCGGCCACCAUGAUGAUCAAGCAGGAGCCGCGGGACUUCACCUACGACUCAGCAGAAGUGCCGAGCUGUCAUUCUGUCUACUUACGGCAGGACAGUUAUCUGGCUCACACGAACAGAAGCGAAGGUUGUAUGUUUGACAAAGUGGCGAGACAUUUCUACGACGACACCUGCGUGGUGCCAGAAAAGGCCGAAGGGGACAUUAAGCAGGAGUCGGGUCUGUACCGCGAGGGCCCGUCGUACCAGCGCAGAGGUUCCCUGCAGCUCUGGCAGUUCCUGGUGGCGCUGCUCGACGACCCGUCCAACUCCCACUUCAUCGCCUGGACCGGGCGAGGCAUGGAGUUCAAACUCAUCGAGCCGGAGGAGGUUGCUCGUCGGUGGGGGAUCCAGAAGAACCGGCCGGCGAUGAAUUACGACAAGCUCAGCCGAUCGUUGCGCUACUACUACGAGAAGGGAAUCAUGCAGAAGGUGGCCGGCGAGAGAUACGUGUACAAGUUCGUGUGCGACCCCGAGGCCUUGUUCUCCAUGGCUUUCCCUGACAACCAGCGGCCGGUGCUGAAGACGGACAUGGAGCGGCAGAUCAACGAGGAGGACACGGUGCCGCUGUCGCACUUUGACGAGAACAUGGCGUACGUGCAGGAGGGGCCCUACUGUCCGCCGCACCCUUACAGCGAGGGCUACGUUUAUUAACGCCACACACACACACACACACACACACCUCCACUCAACCCUCAUCUUUCUCCGUUCAUCUGAGACUCUUGUGUCGUCUAAUCCACAGGAAAAAGACUCAUAAACACAUGAACUUAUUAUUUUGGCUCUUUCUGACGUCCAGGCCGCACAGCAGCAGGAUGGAGAGUGCACUUUACGGACAGGAAACGGCGCGGUGUUAUUACCCCGCCAGGGGCUGUAGCUACUGUCUGUGGUUGUUUAUGUUUGUACAUCAGUGUGGGAGUAAUCUGUCCGUCCGUCCGUCUGUUUGUUUGUUUGUUUGUUUGUGAGCAUGUGGCUGCCUGGACUGACUCACGGCCGCUACACAAAAAACUGAAUUUUCAACUAUUUUGGGGGGGAUUCCGUUGCAGCAAAAAGGAGGAUGAUGGCGUUUUUGUGAAAGUUUAUCUGGAACAAUUGUCCUGACGCCAACCCUCGUCCAAUCAAAUUGAAGAUUUCUAUGUUCCAUGUUGUUGUUUUCCUGCUGUCACAGCGUAAACUGGAUCAUCCACUCGCCGACCGAAAACCUCCACGCACGUCGGAUUUUUUACCCAAAAACUGUUGUGAAAGGGAAAAUAAUCUGGAUGAUGUGUGAACGGGCUGUGUUUAGGAUAAUCAAUAAAGCCACAGAACCAUGUAAAAUAAAGUAUAAACCUGCAGUUUUCUUCUUUCAGAUGUGAGUGUACAGUCAAAAUGGACCGAAAUCACCCAUCAACAUAAAAGUUCCCCACGACAAAAAGCUGUUUCACUGUUAUAAACAAUGAAAGGAUUCAAAAAAAAUUCAAGAUGUUCUCUUUUUUUGUUCCAGGUGAACAUGAAGUGUAUA